AUGCAAGCUUUAAAAUUCAUAUGCUUUGCUUUUCUUGUUGUUAAUACAACUCAAGGCCAUCGCAAUUCAGUCCCAGUAUUAAUAUGGGGACAACAUAAGUUAAUUCCAUUUCCAGCUCUUUAUCACAUGACUGCCGAGGACUUCUCCGAUUUAUUUGAACCAAGAUGUAAAAACUUUUUAACGAUUGUAUUCAUUGAAGAGUUCUUGAAAGUGGAAGAUUUGAGUCAAUGUAAAAUUCAUGGAAAAACAUGUUUCCAAAAUUUGUCAAAGAUGCAAAAUAAAGUUUACUUAACCUCAGUCGAAGAUCCAGUUAAGGUUUUGGAGAAAGUUUUUAUGAAUCAUUCACAAAUAGUGAUGUCAUUCAAUGAAGAUUGCUUAAUACAAGAAAUUGGUCAGGAAAAAGACUUCAUAUUUGUUUAUUUCGAUAAAGUAAAAGGAAAUGAAGAUUUUAUUGAUCAUGAUGAAACCAUGGCGGAAUUCUUUAACUUGAUGACAUCGAAACGCGAUAAAGUUGUCGCCAUUUACACAGGAAAAUACUCUCACUUGGUCGAAGUAUCACGCGAAAAACGUCAAGUUUUUAAAGAAACACCAUUUAUUGAUGACGCAAUAAAAAAUCCUCCAACAUUGAAGCCGAAUGAACAACCUGUAGAGAAUCCUUUGGAAAAGCCUUUUGAGAAUCCAAAUGUUAAAGGUUUGCCUGAAUUUCCAGUAGAAUUUGAAGAUGAACAUGAUGUGAAUGAUCCUCCGGAAACAAAAGUAAACCAACAUCCUCGAGAAAAUCCUUUAGGCGAAGAACAUGAUAUGAAUGACACUCCAGACAUCGAUGAUACUCCAGGAACCGAGGAAAAGGUUCCACCAAAAAAAAAUCCAUCGAAAUCUUCACCAAUCAUAAUGACAACUCCGAUAUUAACUGGUUUGCUCGUAUUUAUUUUCUUUUCAAUGACCGUUGCAUUUGGACUUUCUAUGAUUCUCAGCAUCAAAAGUAACGAUCGCUUUGAUAAUCCGAAGGGUCCAACCAUUAACGUUGCAAUCGAUCAAUAA